ACAGAGAACGAAAGAAAAAGGCUGGUCUCUAGCGCACAAUGUAACGAAGACAGAACAAGCACCGGAAACAUCAAGGCAAAUUAAUGAAGAAAACAAGGGAGGUUAAAUCCAGAAAAAGAAAGGCUGUACCAUCUCGAUUUUGUCUGCAAUCCACAUGGUUCAUCCCUCACCUUUUUAUAGCCUACCAGAAUUCUAACUUCAGUUCUCAAGGAAUUCUUGAAACCAAUCUUUGGCUAAGCCAAAAACAAGAUCAAAGGGUGCUCACUGAUCUCCAUCGACGAUGAAGAACCUAGGCCGGUCAGAUGCAAAUAACAAUCUUGAGACUCUCUUAGACAUGGACAAAACGGCAUUACAUAAGAAAAAUGGAGUGCCAGCGGAACCCCGGAAGAUGAUGGCAGGACAUGGCCUGGAGUUCAAGAACCUGUCAUAUAGUGUCAUGAAAAAGCAGAAGAAAGACGGGGUGUGGAUCACCAAAGAAGCAUAUCUUCUCAAUGAUAUCUCUGGACAGGCUAUAAGGGGUGAGGUUAUGGCUAUUAUGGGGCCUAGUGGUGCUGGGAAGUCCACAUUUCUUGACGCCAUUGCUGGUCGGAUUGCAAGAGGGAGUCUCCAGGGAUCUGUUCGGAUAGAUGGAAAACCGGUAACUACAAGCUACAUGAAGAUGAUUUCAUCUUAUGUAAUGCAAGAUGACCAGCUCUUCCCCAUGUUGACUGUUUUUGAGACCUUCAUGUUUGCAGCUGAAGUCAGACUUCCUCCUUCAGUUUCGAGGGCUGAGAAGAAGAAAAGAGUCCAUGAGCUCCUUCACCAACUGGGCUUAACGGUAUGACUUCUUCUUCCUGAUCACUCACACAGUCACCGAGACAUGUACUACAUUAUGUGAGCAUAAACUUGAAGUUAGUAGCAUAUUUGGUUCUGCAGAGUGCAACACAUACGUAUAUUGGGAACGAGGGAAACAGAGGAGUGUCAGGAGGGGAAAGGCGAAGAGUGUCCAUAGGAAUUGAUAUUAUCCAU